AUGGAUUUGAAUUUUCAAAACUUUGAAAAUGUGAACUCGACGAACGAGCAAUCAGGAGCGUUUGGAGGGAAUAUUGGUGAUCGGAAUAAUCUCGUCGGCUCCGGCGCCUCCUCAUCCACACCAUCAGCCGGCGUCUUCGACGACACCCAAUCAGGAACGUCGACAAGAAAAGGAAACCUGUUCUCCUUCGAAUAUUAUCAACAAUUCUUCGAUGUGGAAACUGAUCAAGUCGUAAAACGACUCAUGAACAGUGUUGUGCCAACACAUCGAAACUAUAUUCAAGACUUCCUUCAGCCGAUUCCAGACCUCUGGGGUCCAUUUUGGGUAUCUGUUACACUGGUUUUUGCUAUUGGAAUUUUUGGAAAUCUGGCACAAUUCAUUGAGAAUGACGGAGCCAAAGGAUCGUAUGGAUCUGAUUUUCGAAUGGUGACUUCUGCGUCCACACUGAUUUUCCUCUACGUCGUUAUUGUGCCUCUUCUCCUCUACGGACUUCUUUGGAAUCGUCGUUCGGAGCUUCUUCAUCCAUACGUGGAUCUUGUGUGCUUGUAUGGAUACUCGUUGUCGAUUUUUAUUCCGGUUACUUUCUUGUGGAUUGUGGACAUUGGUUGGUUCCGCUGGGCCCUCAUCUUCGUCUCCGUUGGUCUUUCUGGAACCGUAUUGGCGAGAGCUAUCUGGCCAGCUGUACAAAAUGAUGUUAAUAAAAUGGUCGCGUUCGGAACCAUCGCCGUCGUCGUCAUCCUUCACUUCUUGCUCGCCUUCACUUUCAAGGAGUUCUACUUCGAUGCGAUGCAUCCGGCCAAAUCGGUGGCUCCAGUCCCAGUUGCUCCGACUACACUGGCUCCAUUGGAUUCCACAACAGUCGCUAUGAUUCAAAAUGCCACGUCAUCGAAUGGCACGGAUCCAGAAGCGCCGAAUAUGAUUGUUAUGGAGAUGACCACCGUGGAACCGGAGCCAUCAACGAAAAAAGUGGAUGUAGUAAAGAAAGACGAGAAGAAGAGGGAUUCGGCGGAAGUGACUAAAAAAGCUCCAGAAGUCGUCACAACAAUCGGAAAAAAAGAUGAGAAGGUGGAUUUGAAGCCAGCCAACGCUACAGUAACCACCACGGAGAAACCAAAAGUGACUGAAGAAAAGAAGAAAUCGGAAGAAGAGAAAUCACCAGCUUCAAAAACGAAAGAAUCAAAAAAUUCUACUGAGAAAUCUGCUGAAAAAUCCAAAUAA